GGUCAUGCUUUUCUUGUGAAUUUCAGCAUUCAUGUUAUAUUGAUGUGUUUGUGACAUUGUUUCUCACCGAUUUGUCGCCGUGACAAACCAAAUUGGUGAUCUUUCUAUGCGUUUGUUUUAUUAGUAGGCAGGUAGUAAAUUUGCAUUGAUUGGUCAUAUUCAUUGAAUGAAACUUCUAGUCCUCUCAAUUUUGUUUUCAAUGCAAACUCAUUGACUAUUUUAAAUCUCACAUGAAAAGAGUUUCAAUAAAUUUUCUCGAUCUUCAUCUCACACCAUCUAGAGGCCAUACAAAAGUUUUUCUUAAAAAAAUAAUAAAACGUUGGACUAUUAGCUGUACAAGAGUGAAAAACCUCGGUUGUGUGACUUAUGAUGAAUCACUCACAGCAUAGUCUCAAGGAUUUAUUUGACAAUGUAACUCGCUUAGCGGUUUGUUCAAUAAGAUCAUUUUCUGCGGAUAAUAUGUUUGAUGGCGUCAUCCAGAUCCAGUAAAAAAAAAAAAUGUUUGAUGGCAUCACCAAAAAACGUUGAUGUUUUUUAGUGUACAUCAUAUUCCUUAUGUCUGCGUCAAAUUCGAUGUGCCAGAUACUUGCACGAAAUAUUGUAAAAUCAGUUACAAUUUUUAGAGUUUCUAAACUUUAUCGGGUUGAUUUCUUUUGGUAAUAUGGGGCUCUUUGUAUACGCCAACCUCUGAUGCGCAAAGCUAAAUUAACUUUUGUUUUGUUGUCCCAUAUUCUAGGAAUUGAUGGUAGCUAACUUGUCACGAACUGUGGAUUUCUUUGCAACCCUCAAACUCCCUUUUGUCUCUGCUCUCGUUCUGAAGCACCUAAUUGCAUGCCAUAAAGCUUAGAAAGUGUAAAGGCUUGUCCCCUGAGCUUGUUCUCUGACAAUGGCAUUGGCAAGGAUUGCCAGGGCUAACCUGAGAAGAUCAGGAGGUGCUUUAGGCAGUUAUGCGUGUGAGAAGGAUGUGUUCAAUGUGGGAGGUUACACAAACAUAUGCUACAUACCUUCCCAUGUAUAUUUCAAUUCAGAUGGAAAGUUUUCAUAUGUUCCAACAGUUAAGGAACAGAAUUACGUGAACUUUUCAAUGAGGGGAAUAUCAGGAACGCCAUAUCAUCUGUCUGCUUCUCCUGAUACACAGAGGGUUAUAGAAGAGUCUGAUUCAGAGUUGGAGAAUGAUCAGACAAGAUAUGCAGGACUAGAGGCAACAAAGCCAGGUGAAAAGCCUAGGGUGGUUGUUCUUGGUACGGGUUGGGCUGCUUGUAGGUUCCUCAAAGAGCUAGACACCAGAAUUUAUGAUGUUGUGUGCAUAUCACCAAGGAAUCACAUGGUCUUUACUCCUUUGCUGGCUUCAACGUGUGUUGGAACCCUGGAAUUCAGAUCUGUUGCUGAGCCUGUCAGCAGAAUACAGGAUGCAUUGGCAAGGGAACCCAACUCCUACUUCUUUCUAGCUUCCUGCACUGGCAUUGACACUGACAAACAUGAAGUAUAUUGUGAGGCUGUCAAAAAUGGUGGAUUGCCUCGAGAUCCAUACCAAUUUAAGGUCGCAUAUGACAAACUUGUAAUUGCAGCAGGAGCUGAGCCUUUAACUUUUGGUAUCAAGGGGGUAAAGGAAAAUGCUUUUUUUCUUCGUGAAGUGAACCAUGCUCAAGAAAUAAGGAAGAAACUUCUCCUUAAUUUGAUGGUUUCCGAAAAUCCAGGAAUAUCGGAGGAAGAAAAGAAACGCCUUCUGCACUGUGUUGUUGUUGGAGGUGGUCCUACAGGAGUGGAAUUCAGUGGUGAAUUGAGUGAUUUCAUCAUGAGAGAUGUUCAUCAGAGCUAUACUCAUGUCAAAGAUUACAUUCACGUCACACUCAUCGAGGCAAAUGAGAUACUGUCAUCCUUUGAUAUCAGCCUACGGAACUAUGCAACAAAGCACUUAACAAAGUCCGGGGUCCGUCUGAUGCGAGGUGUUGUGAAGGAGGUGCAUCCCAAAAAGAUAGUUCUAAGUGAUGGAACAGAAGUUCCUUAUGGCCUCUUGGUCUGGUCCACAGGGGUUGGUCCUUCUAAGUUUGUGAAAACACUAAAUCUUCCUACAUCUCCAUGUGGAAGAAUUGGCGUUGAUGAUUGGCUGCGUGUUCCCUUUGUGGAAGAUGUCUUUGCUCUUGGGGAUUGUGCUGGUUUUCUUGAACGAACUGGAAAGCCUGUGCUUCCAGCUCUAGCUCAGGUUGCUGAAAGGGAGGGGAAGUUUCUUGUGGAGUUGUUCAACGAAGUAGGGAAACAGAACGGAGGCAAGGCUUUCUCUGCAAAAGACAUGCAACUUGGAAAGCCUUUUGUGUAUAACCAUCUUGGGAGCAUGGCAUCAGUAGGUCGCUACAAAGCACUUGUUGAUCUACGAAAGUCAAAGGAUGCAAAGGGGUUGUCACUUGCUGGUUUUGUUAGCUGGAUGAUAUGGCGCUCUGCAUACCUUACACGUGUCGUUAGCUGGAGGAACAGGUUUUACGUGGCAGUGAACUGGGCCACCACAUUAGUCUUUGGCAGAGACAACAGCAGGAUAGGUUGAAAUUUCAUUGAGGAACUGCAAGCAGCAAAAACCUGUCAAUUUUUAUGCCUCAUUAUUUAAGUUCUUGGUCUAUAAUUUUUUUUUUUUUUUUUUAAUUUCUAACAAUAGGGAAGUAGGGAACUUAAGUCUUUAUCUCAGUCUCUAUCCAUUAGGUUGAUUCACAUUC